AUGUCUGAGGAGCGCUACCACACCAUGACGCCGGAGGAGCGUCGCGCCCGCACCCUCGUGGCCGACGCCCGCACGGCGGUGGUCCAUGGCGACCAUCUGGCCGCCAGCCAUCUAUUCCGCAAAGCCGGCAACUUCUUCAAACUGGACCACCGUUGGCAGUGGGCCGGUGUCGCUUUUCAAGAAGCCGGAGAACUGAAAGCCCCGCUCGAGGCGCACGCCCCCACCAACCCCCUACGAUCAGUCCGAAACGCCGCCCCGAAGUUCGGCCGCUGGACUGCGGUGGUCUGCCUGGAAACUGCGGCCGAAAUCCUGGCGGACGCCGGGGAGUUUCGCCCGGCCGCCUGGCACUACAAUUCCCUGGUGGGGAUGGUGGCGCCGCAGGACGCUGACACCAAGAUCCGCUAUUGGGAAACGGCCGCCCGACUCCACGAGGCCGACGACCGGCAUUGGACGUUUUUGGCCAGCAACGCGUGGAUGGCGGCGGGUGAGUGGCUGGCUCGUAAGGGCGACUACACCGCCGCGAUCGACCGCUUCGAGUGGCUCGCCCACCGUAACGCAACGGCGCCCACGCAGGGGCAGUACCGGCAACGGUUGCGGGCGGUGCUGUGUUAUUUGUGCCGUGAUGGGCCGGAGGCCGCCAAGAAGGCUCUGGAGCGCUGCGAGGAGCGCCUACCGCCGAGCGGACGCGACGCACGGAAUGAUCGGAUCCGACGUGCGAUUGUAGAAGCCAUGGGCGGCGCCGGGCGCUGCUUCACCGCCCGCAGUAUCGCGCGGACGCUGCAGACGCCGGAUAGCAGCGCCGACGGGCGUAUGGACACGUGGACCAGGAUAAUGCUGGAACGGGCGUGGCAGCUGCUGCGAAACGCCGAGGAAAUGGGCAGGCAGCGCUGA